CGCCUCGAGUAAGAAUGGUCAAAAACUUGGUGUCUAGAAUGGAACUUCACUUUUCAAACCGUGCUGUAACGAGAAAAGAGAAUGACAAGACUGAUGUUCAGAACAGUCAUGUUGGAACAACUGACGAAAACUUGGAUCGAGGAAACUGGUCAAGUAAAACUGAUUACUUGCUUUCGUUGAUUGGCUAUGCAGUGGGGCUAGGAAAUAUUUGGCGAUUCCCCUACCUUGCCUACAAGAACGGAGGAGGUGCAUUUCUGAUUCCAUACACCAUAAUGCUGGCCUUUGCUGGCCUCCCCCUCUUCUUUCUGGAAUGUUCCUUUGGGCAGUUUGCAAGCCUUGGUCCUGUUUCUGUGUGGAAGGCUGUCCCAAUCAUGCAAGGUGUUGGUGUUACAAUGGUGCUGGUAUCAACUCUUGUGGCAAUCUACUACAACUGCAUCAUUGGCUACAGUAUCUACUACUUGUUUGCAUCCUUCCAGUUCCCCCUUCCAUGGAGUGACUGUUUUGAAUGGUCUGAUGAGAACUGCAGUAAGCAGCCCAAAGAAUAUUGCAACAUUACAUCUGCAAAUGGAAGCUUUGUAUUGGUCAAUUCAACAUGGUUAAACGACAACAAUGCCACCUGUGAGGGAUCAAAUAUCUUCUCCAUCUCUGUGCAGAGCCCGAGCGAACAAUAUUGGGACAAAGUAGCCCUUCGUCGAUCAAGUGGAUUAGAUGAAUCUGGAGGCGUUAUCUGGCAUCUUGCUCUCUGCCUCCUGCUGGCAUGGAUAAUAGUUGGUGCUGCAUUGUUUAAAGGAAUAAAGUCAUCAGGAAAGGUGGUGUAUUUCACAGCGAUCUUUCCUUAUGUUGUUUUGAUCAUCCUGCUGAUACGAGGAGUAACUCUGGAAGGAGCUCGGGAAGGAAUCGAAUACUACAUAGGAACUCAUUCUGACAUUUCAAAGCUGUCUGACGCUGAGGUUUGGAAGGAUGCUGCCACCCAGAUCUUCUUUUCCCUUUCUACUGCAUGGGGAGGCCUUGUUGCUCUGUCUUCGUACAACAAAUUCAACAACAACUGCUAUUCAGAUGCAAUUGUCGUUUGUGUGACCAACUGCGCUACAAGUGUCUUUGCUGGAUUUGCCAUCUUUUCUGUUCUUGGGCACAUUGCUCAUAUAUCACAUAAGCCUGUUUCUGAAGUCGCCCAGUCAGGCUUUGGCUUGGCUUUCAUUGCAUAUCCAGAAGCCCUUUCAAAGUUGCCCAUAUCACCACUGUGGUCUAUCCUUUUCUUCUUUAUGCUACUGACGCUCGGUCUCGGCACUCAGUUUGCAACAAUUGAAACCAUUACAACAGCGCUACAAGAUGAAUUUCCCAAGUACCUUCGUUCAAGGAGAGCCCUCAUUACAGUAGUUGCCUGUGUUGUGCUUUAUCUUCUUGGUCUGCCCUGCGUAACUGGGGCUGGAAUCUACUGGGUGAAUUUAAUCGAUCACUUCUGUUCUGGAUGUACUUUAAUAUCUGCUGUCUUGGAACUCGUUGGGAUAAUCUACAUCUAUGGAGGAAACCGAUUCAUCAAGGAUAUUGAAAUGAUGAUUGGCAAGAAAAACUAUUAUUUCUGGUUGUGGUGGAGAGCUUGCUGGUUUUUCAUUUCUCCCUGUUUACUUACGAUCAUAUUUGUGUGGUCCUUGGUAACAUUCUCAGCACCUUCAUAUGGACCCAUUCCCUAUCCAGUAUGGGGAACAGUGCUUGGAUGGUUAAUGACAGCCUUCUGCAUCAUCUGGAUUCCCAUAUUUGCUGUUUUCAAUUUUGCAAAAGCAAGAGGAGGCAUAUUGGAACGCUUCAGGCAAAUUUGUUCUCCUAUACCUGACUGGGGUCCUUACCUUGAAUGCCACCGUGGUGAAAGGUACAAGAAUCAGGAGGGUCCACAGAGGAUUCAGCAAUCCAAUCAAAACGAAAAUGAUUUGUCGAUUGGUAGCAUGAUAUGCUAA